UAGAUAAUGAUCUGGUGGACCGCCGAAUAUUUCUUCUUUCUUUGUUAAAAUAAGCUUUUCUGAAAAAUGGGAAAGGAACAAUAUCAAUGAUAGUGUGCAUAGGUCUGCUUUUUCGAAUUCUGAAAAGAAAGGCAAAAAGAAAUGUGGUCGCUUUUGGAAACUAAAAUCUACCUGAUUAACAUUUAUGGAUACCAGCCUACUUCAAUAUUAUUAACAGUUUCUUAGUAAAUAAUAAAAUUAGUCACAAAUCAAUUCAAACCAAUCUCAUUUCAAUCUAACAUUAAUACGCCAUCGUCACAAUGACACAAAUUAAAACUAAGGCUUCUAUACACAUAUAUCCUACCAUACACAUUUGCCCGUAUAAAAAGGCUGGACAAUACGGAAUAAUCACACUUCACUGUUCCCCUUAUCAAGCACCAGAACUGCCUAACUCCAAGAUGUACAAGAUCCUCAGCCUGCUUGUCCUCGUGGCCGCUCUCUGCGUGAUCACUGAAGCUCAGCUGACCUUCACGUCCAGUUGGGGAGGCAAGCGAGCCGGCGGCACCAUGUCGUGCAAGAACGAAGAAGCCGUAGCCAACAUCUUCAAGCUCAUUCAAAACGAGGCUGAAAGAUUCAUCAUCUGUCAGAAAGCCUAAUGACUUGAAGUAUUUUUGAAAAUAUCACCGCACUGUUAAUGGACAUCUUGUUGCAAUAUAUUAAUUUUACUUGAUCGAAUUUGUUUUAUUUACUUACUCGCAUGUAUCAGCGUGAAAAAUCUACACAACAUGAAGAUCUACCAAAUGUCGGUCUACUCCCGGUCGGUAUUCCAUCAACACAUACUCGCUCUUCAUAUCGGUCCCUCGCAUCUGAGGAUCGUAGUCAGCAAAUAUUUACAUCAGGGCAACAUUUAGCGUGGAUGAUCUACCUCCAUCGGUUUCGAUCCAGCGCAUCUCUCACCACCGCUUAGAGUCAACUCAUAGUGAGGCCCUUGGAAUAGCAGGCGACAACGCAUAUCUUCGAAUGCAAACGAAUUUAGUUCUCAAGCGACUAACGACACACAAACUGUCAGAGAUUGUGAAGCAUAUUAUCUACAGUAUGAAGCAGAUGAGUGGUGCCUUUCGUCCUCGCCAAUACAGAGUAAGCCUUUAGAGUAAA